GUUCAUUUAUUGUUUCCAAAAUGCCGGAACAUUUCCACCUGAACACCCCUCUGCUGGAGAGUGUGGGCAUGUCCAAACGGUUGGGCUCCACUGUUUACAUGAAGAUGGAGAACUCCCAGCCCUCUGGUUCCUUUAAGAUCCGAGGGGUCGGACACCUGUGCCAGCAGCUCGCCAGGAAGUCCAAGGGUGUCGUCUGUGCUUCAGGUGGGAAUGCAGGRAUGGCUGCCGCCUACGCCGCCAGGAAGAUGGGUGUCCCCGCCACCAUCGUGGUCCCGUCCUCGUCUCCUCAGCUGGUGGUCCAGAGGCUCCAGGAUCAGGGGGCUACAGUCAGGAUAAGUGGGAAGGUUUGGGACGAUGCCAACGCCGAAGCUCUCAGACUGGCAGAAACUGAAGGCCUCACCUUCGUUCCUCCGUUCAAUCACCCUCUGCUUUGGGAAGGCCACGCCAGCAUGAUCACAGAGGUUUCAGCCUCUCUGGGUGCUGGUGUGAAGCCGGGCGCCGUCCUGCUGUCUGUAGGCGGCGGGGGGCUCCUGUGCGGGGUCGUUCAGGGUCUGAAGGACGCCGGCUGGAUGGACGUACCUGUCAUCGCCAUGGAAACGGUGGGCGCCGACUGUUUCAACGCUGCCAUAAAAGCAGGGAAGGUGGUCACUUUGGAGGACAUCACCAGCGAGGCGACAUGUCUCGGAGCAAAAACAGUUUGUCAGCGCGCCUUCGAUUACAGCCAGAGCGGAGAGGUGACCAUCGUCUCGGAGCUGGUGACCGAUCAGGAGGCGCUGCACGCCGUCCAGACCUUCCUGG